AUGACAGAGCGAAAGAUCAAUGCGGGCAUCGCUGAGAUGGAAUCACAUAUUCCAUCGCACAAGAGCAUGAACAUUGAGGCGUUCUCAGCAUUCAUCGUGGAUUACGAACAUGCGGAUCCCGCCCUGGAUGAGUUUUACCAGGAUGAGAUUCACGUGGCUCGCAGAUUCAAGGCGUUCUCACUGCGGCAAAAGUCUGAGAGCAAGCUCAUCAAGAACAUGCAACGGCUGUAUGGAAAGCAUUUUUCGGUCAUCUUGGGUGAUUGGAGCGAUGCUGGAAAAUCCAUGCGCAUUCAGGAGUCAUCAAAGACCAAAGGGUGA